AUGUGCACUUACCACUACCUCCACCACCACCACAUCCCUCCUUGCCCAAAAGACCUCUACUUCGUAAUCCACUACCUCUUCUGCUCCGACGCCACCAUCGACUUCACCACCGGCAACCGCCAACCCUGCAACAACGCGAUCUACGACGACUCCCACCUUGCGUCCACAGCCAUGUCCAACAGCAUCUCAACCCUCUCCACUUCCCCAACCUCCUCUCAAUCUUCGGCAUCAACCACAUCCUACUACUCCGACGACGGCACCCCCUUUUCCGUCGACUACACUUCCUUGUAUUCCUCCACCGCCUCCAUGCCCCCCAGCCAGCAACAACAACAACAACAACACACACAACCACAGACAAUGGACUUCAACAACCCCUGCGCAUCCUCCACCUGCCUGACCAGCCUCGAGUGUUCCUCGGGGCAAUGCAGACUCGAGCAACUGGGCGGCAAAUGGACGUGCUGCAGAUGUGGAGGCAAAGGGAAUGAGUAUCCGUGGUGUAAAGCGCGGCCGGGGCUGGUGAGGGGGGCGGAUCCGGAUAUGCUGGAAGCAGAGAAGCGCUUGCCUGAUGUUCAAUAUAGGUAUGUAGGAGUAAGCAACGAGAAGGAUUUCGAAGACGAACUGUGCGGAACUUUGUCAGAAAGCAAAACUCCUCCAGUCGGACCUCUUGGGGAGAAGAUUCAACCAUCGGAAAACCCAGGACUGGAGUGCGUGGUGGCGCACGCCUUGAAACAGGGACUUCACCGGUGUGGUUGGUGUUGA